AAAAGGCGGGGGCAGCUGGUACUCGAAGUUGGUUGACCGGUGAGUUUUUCGCGAGUAUUGAUAGGUUAUACGCUUAACCCGCUCCGUGUAGACGAGAGAAAAAAAGCCAGAGCUGAGCCUACAUUGAUUUUAAAUCAAUGUGAAAGUAAAAUUGUCACAAAUAUAUAAUAAGUAGAUAAUUUCGCUUGAAUUUGAACGAGGGCUAUGCGUUUUCCGCCGGUUGUCGGUGCUGCAGUGCUUGGUGGUCUCCGCUAUCCUGUGUGUCAGACACCCACAAAUCAAACAUAUGAGUAUAUUUUUUCCAUGAGUACCUUUAAGUAGUAGUGCUUGUGCAUACUACAUACUUACCAACAUAGCGCAAGGUUUUUGCAUUGCUAAGUUUAAACUCUAGUGCAUUGGGGAUGAUUCUCAACAUUUUCCAUGCAAAUACAAUGAGGAGUUGAUGUUUACAGUCACUAAAUGCACAUAAAAAUAAGCGCACAAUGAGAUUAUUAAUGUUGCUGGUACACAGAAAUCAAUUUAUGUGGAAUAUGAUAGAAUAUUAGAGGGUAGAAAGUAUUUGUAUUAUUUUUCUAUGAAUAUGUGAGAAGAAUUAAGUCGCCAACAUUGAGGGUUUAACAGAAAAAAGAAAAAUAAGGAAAAUUCCAAACAUGGCACCCAGACUUCUGAAGAAGAAACAUGCCAAAUACUUCCACAUGAUUAUUCAGCUGAUGCCAAAUGCAUUUCCAGAUGCAAUGAGACUUACUUUUUUGUAUUUCGCAUUGUCUGGUCUAGAUUUACUUGAUGAUCUGCACGAGUAUUUAAUAGAAAAACGAGAAGAGGCAAUAAAUUGGAUAUACAGGUUACAAGUGAAAGGUGCUGGCUCUAGAUCAGGUUUUGAGUCAUCUACAAUGAUACCCAAGGAAAUUGAAACUGACUACCAUUGUGGUCACCUAGCAAUGACUUAUACUGGGUUGUGCAGUUUGUUAAUUCUUCAAGAUGAUUUGAGCCAAAUUGAUAAAGAAUCCAUUCUUGAAGGCAUGAGAGCUUGUCAAAAUGUGGAUGGGUCUUUUAUGGCAAUGGUGACAGGCUGUGAAAGUGACAUGAGAUUUGUUUAUUGCGCCUGCUGUAUCUCAGCUAUUCUGGAUGAUUGGUCAGGAAUAAACAAGGAUAAAACUAUAGACUACAUUGUCAAAAGCAUAUCGUAUGAUGGAGCCAUUGGUCAAGGCCCAGGAUUAGAAUCUCAUGGAGGAUCUACAUUUUGUGCAGUGGCCAGUUUAUGUCUGAUGAACGAGUUACAUAAUGUUCUUUCGGAGGAACAGCUAGAAAGGUUAAAGAGAUGGUGUUUAUUAAGACAAGAUGGAGGAUUUCAUGGCAGACCUGGAAAACAAUCUGACUCAUGCUAUAGCUUUUGGAUUGGAGCUACACUGAAGUUACUAGGAGUGGAUAAUUUGUCUGAUCAAGAAGAAAAUAGAGCUUUUGUUUUGGACACACAGAAUACACUUGUUGGAGGAUUUGGCAAAUAUGCCAGUGAGCCACCAGAUCCUUUACAUGCAUAUUUAGGUCUAUGCAGCCUCAGUUUAAUUGGAGAACCUCGACUGUUAGAAAUGCAUGCUGCAUUGAAUAUUUCACAGCGGACGUACACGCACAUGUUGAAAGUACAAGAGAAAUGGAAGAAGCAUUAACUGUAAAAAAAACGUGAUGUACAAAAAUGCACAAUAGAUCAACGAGGAAGAGUUUGUAGUGAGAGUGUUGAGACAAUAAACGGAUGGCAGUGGCAGGGAAAUAAAGGACGUUAAUAAUACGACAAUUGUAUAUUCUCGGAUGGAUUACACUAGUCUCUUGUUAAUAACGUCCCAGCGUACUCUGCCUCUCAAUCUUGGAUUCGGCGAAUUUAUUACCUUUCCCCUCUCUAAUCUUAUGCAUAGUCACGUCGACCGUACGAUUCAAUUACAACAAAGAAAGCAGUUAAAAGCUCGGCCCUUCCUAACAGAAUUCCUUAUCGGUGCCGCAUCGUCACUUUCGCUGUUGCACUCUUAUUUUCUCGUAUCAUUAUACCGUUCGUAUUUUCAUCAAUCAAUACAAUCCAGUCUUAUUCAUACUGGUUACUUGCCAUUACAAACUUUAAAUAUCUAUAUGAAAGAAUACAUUUUUAAAUCAAUCUUGGUAAAAUAGUGAUUCUCACCCGACUAUAAAUGUAAAUCGUUGAUGUAUGGGAUUGUAUCAAUUAUCGACACGACGAAAUUACU